ACCUCAGCCUCCCUACUAGCUGGAGUUAAAGUUGCGCACCACCACGCCUGGCUAAUUUUUUAAAUUUUUCUGUAGAGACGGGGUCUUGCUACAUUGCCCAGGCUGGUUUUGAACCCCUGGCCUCAAGUGAUGCUCCAGCCUUGGCCUCCCAAAGUGCUGGGAUUCCAGGUACAAGCCACUGUGCCUGGUAGCAGGCAUUGUUAGCAGUGACUAAAGCAGAGAACGAGAAGGGGGAGGCCGCUGUAAACACAUGAAGACAGGCAGCGUAAGAGAAAGUCACGAGGGCAAAUAACAUCCAGGCAUACUUCAGAUCCCAGCUCAAGAAACCACUCCCAGGACAGGCACGGUGGCUCACGCCUGUCAUCCCAGCACUUUGGGAGGCCAAGGCGGGCGGAUCACGAGGUCAGGAGUUCGAGACCAACCUGGCCAACGUGGCGAAACCCCGUCUGUACUAAAAAUACAAAAGAUUAGCCGGGCAUGGUGGUGGGCGCCUGUAAUCCCAGCUACUUGGGAGGCUGAGGCAGGAGAAUCGCUUGAACCUGGGAGGUGGAGGUUGCAGUGAACUGAGAUCAUACCAUUGCACUCCAGCCUGGGUGACAGAGCGAGACUCUGUCUCAAAGAAAGAAAGAAAAGAAAGAAACCACUCCCAGACUCCCUGCCUGGGCGGGAUCCUCUGAUUAAGCCCUCAACACAACUUGGGGCUCUCUUCACAAUGAUAAGUUUGCAUUUGUUUGUGUGAUUCUAGGCCUCCCCUUACUUUCUUGAACAGGCCUCAUCUGGUUUUGUUCAUCUUUAUGUCUCCAGCAUCCAGCACAAUCCCUGGCAUUAGGGUCAUGGCUUCAUAAAAACAUCAGGAACACACACAGAAGUGCAUGCAUGCAUGAAUAAAUGAAUGAUGCACGAAAAGAGCAAUCUCCCCGUCCUGGAAGCAGCUUCCCCUAGGGGUGGGGGUGGGGUGCGGAGGCAGGGGCAGCCAGUGAUGUCACAAGAGGUGGCUGGGAUGGAAGGUUCUGGAAGGUUGAAUGGGGUAGAAGGCCUGUUGUGGAGGGAAACCACCCAUCCUCCUGCCUCCCACCACCACCAUCAUCCUGGCUGGACGGAGAGGGUGACGGGGGCUGGGAAGGGGCAGCUCAUGUUCAGGUUUCCAGGAGGGGCUACCUGUUUACUGUCUUUGCAGGAAGAAGAAAACACCUGAGUGACCAGAGGUCCCAGCCCCAGGUGCCUUGCCAGAUGGCCGGAACCACACCUCUCGAAAAGUGACAGUGCUGUGAAGCAUGGUUUCUGCACACCUGGAAUGACUGGAACCCCAAAGACUCAAGAAGGAGCUAAAGAUCUUGAAGUAGACAUGAAUAAAACAGAAGUUACUCCCAGGCUGUGGACCACCUGUCGAGAUGGAGAAGUCCUUCUGAGGCUAUCCAAACACGGACCGGGCCAUGAGACCCCGAUGACCAUCCCUGAAUUUUUUCGAGAGUCAGUCAACCGAUUUGGAACUUAUCCAGCCCUCGCAUCCAAGAACGGCAAAAAGUGGGAAAUUCUGAAUUUCAACCAGUACUACAAGGCUUGUCAGAAGGCUGCGAAAUCCUUAAUCAAGCUGGGCUUGGAGCGUUUCCACGGAGUUGGCAUCCUGGGGUUUAACUCUGCAGAGUGGUUUAUCACUGCUGUUGGCGCCAUCCUAGCCGGGGGUCUUUGUGUUGGUAUUUAUGCCACCAACUCUGCCGAGGCUUGCCAAUAUGUCAUCACUCAUGCCAAAGUGAACAUCUUGCUGGUUGAGAAUGAUCAACAGUUACAGAAAAUCCUUUCGAUUCCACAGAGCAGCCUAGAGCCCCUAAAAGCGAUCAUCCAGUACAGACUGCCAAUGAAGAAGAACAACAACUUGUACUCUUGGGAUGAUUUCAUGGAACUUGGCGGAAGCAUCCCUGACACCCAACUGGAGCAGGUCAUCGAGAGCCAGAAGGCGAAUCAAUGCGCAGUGCUCAUCUACACUUCGGGGACCAUAGGCAUGCCCAAGGGAGUGAUGCUCAGUCAUGACAACAUCACGUGGAUGGCAGGAGCAGUGGCAAAGGACUUUAAACUGACAGAAAAGCAUGAGAUGGUGGUUAGCUAUCUCCCACUCAGCCAUAUUGCAGCACAGAUGAUGGACAUCUGGGUACCCAUAAAGAUUGGGGCGCUCACAUACUUUGCUCAAGCAGAUGCUCUCAAGGGCACCUUGGUAAGUACUCUAAAGGAGGUAAAACCUACUGUCUUCAUUGGAGUGCCUCAAAUUUGGGAGAAGAUACAUGAGACGGUGAAGAAAAAUAGUGCCAAGUCCACAGGCUUGAAGAAGAAGGCAUUCGUGUGGGCAAGAAACAUUGGCUUCAAGGUCAACUCAAAAAAGAUGUUGGGGAAAUAUAACACUCCUGUGAGUUACCGCAUGGCUAAGACUCUCGUGUUCAGCAAAGUCAAGACAUCCCUUGGCUUGGAUCACUGUCACUCUUUUAUCAGUGGGACUGCACCCCUCAACCAAGAGACUGCUGAGUUCUUUCUAAGCUUGGACAUACCUAUAGGCGAGUUGUAUGGGUUGAGUGAAAGCUCGGGACCCCACACAAUAUCCAACCAGAAUAACUACAGGCUUCUAAGCUGUGGCAAGAUCUUGACUGGGUGUAAGAAUAUGCUGUUCCAGCAGAACAAGGAUGGCAUUGGGGAGAUCUGCCUCUGGGGUAGGCACAUCUUCAUGGGCUAUCUGGAAAGUGAGACUGAAACUACAGAGGCCAUCGAUGACGAAGGCUGGCUACACUCUGGGGAUCUGGGCCAGCUGGACAGUCUGGGUUUCCUCUAUGUCACCGGCCGCAUCAAAGAAAUCCUGAUCACUGCCGGUGGUGAAAACGUGCCCCCCAUUCCCGUUGAGACCUUAGUUAAGAAGAAGAUCCCCAUCAUCAGUAACGCCAUGUUAGUAGGAGAUAAACUGAAGUUUCCGAGCAUGUUGCUGACGCUGAAGUGUGAGAUGAAUCAGAUGAACGGAGAACCUCUGGACAAGCUGAACUUCGAGGCCAUCAACUUCUGUCGGGGUCUGGGCAGCCAGGCAUCCACCGUGACUGAGAUUGUGAAGCAGCCAGACCCCCUGGUCUACAAGGCCAUCCAGCAAGGCAUCAAUGCCGUGAACCAGGAAGUCAUGAACAAUGCACAGAAGAUUCAAAAGUGGGUCAUCUUGGAGAAGGACUUUUCCAUCUAUGGUGGAGAGCUAGCCUUCAGCAGGAAGACCUCAUUGCAAUAAGUGAAAUACUGCUCUAGGCAGAAGCUCUCCCUGCUGUUUUUAAGAAGCCACAUUCCUCAUUGGUCAGUUUCUUGAUUGUUCGUCUGUUGGAGAGGUGCUCCCUAGAAGAACCCGCCAUACGUUUCAAAGCAAUAAAAUCAUUGUAGAUCUUUCUGAGGACCUUCAAGUCACUGACUCCAGGGAAGCCUAUUGGGAAAUCUACUAAAAACUGCCUGAUUUAGAAGAAAGAUCUGAACUUGUGGGCUCCCAUUUGAUUUUUCUCUCCUCAGGGGACUUAGACAUUAGAAAGAAAAAGCCUUCACAGAUUUGAAGAACUGGACCCCCAAAUCAACUCACCUGCCUGUAAGAAACUGGGAAACCCUUCCAAUAAGUCCUGAUAAUAAAGCACUUCAGGGUC